AUGGAUGAUAUCCCGUUUUCUAAGAUCAUCAAGAAGAAGUAUUCUGGAGAUGGAGACGGGGAGUUUGAGUUUCACAAGAUAGAAUUUGAUAACCGUAUGGUUCUAAAUAUUUCCAUUGAUGGAGCCAUGAAUUUCACCUUUGAUAUACCUUUAAGCAAAAGGAUAGGCCAGCCAAUCAUAAGAGCCGAUCUGGCUACGGACCCUGGAGUCGAACCCGUGUUACUCAUGGGAGAUCUGAAGAAUGUCAAGAUGCAAGUAGUAGCUACCCAAAUCGGUAAGAUGGUGUUAUAUAACAGUGGUAAACCUAAGAAUAUCAUUUUAACUAUUGGAUCUCGAUGGUUUGGUGAUGGAAAUCAGAAUACACCGGAAGAUUUCAGCAAAUUGAUGUUUGUGCUAGACAAUGUUAAGUCACUAGUGAGUUAA